CAUGAUAAAGGACAGAGUAAUUUUGGCAACUAAAAUUUAUACUUUUUGCCUCCUACUAGGUGAGAAGGAAGACUUGCCCCCUGUGGAAGGAAGUCCACGGGAGUUCGCCAGAAGUCUGAAGGAACUGGAGAGGUGUGGCUGGUACUGGGGUCCUAUGAACUGGGACGAUGCAGAAACAAAGCUUGCUGGGAAGCCUGACGGCUCCUUCCUUGUCCGUGACAGUUCUGACGACCGCUACAUCCUGAGCCUGAGUUUCAGGGCACGGGGAGGGACUCAUCACACCAGGAUAGAACACAGCAAAGGUGUGUUCAGCUUCUGGUCACAGCCCAAGUCCCACGGAUGCUCGCCCUCCAUCGUGGAGUUCAUAGAGACCGCCAUGCUGCACUCCAACACAGGGAAGUUCCAGUACUACCUGCGUGCACGCGCCCUCGGCUCCCCGCCGGUCCCCGUCCUACUCCUCAAGCCCAUCUCUCGCUUUGAGAACCUGAAGACCCUACAGCACAUAUGUAGGUUUGUCAUCCGUAAACAAGUCCGCAUCGACCACAUCGAUCUCCUGCCCCUACCCAAGGGCCUGAAAGUGUACCUGACAGACUGUCAGUACUAUGAUAUCGAGGAGGAAACCUUCUUCGAUGAGAGGAAGAGGAAAGAGGAACAGAAAAGUGGUGAUGAUUCUGAUGAAGAUGAGGAAGACCAGAGAGAAGGGCUGUACUAAGGGAUGUAAAGUUCCUGAAUCUAGACACAUUCUAUGUGGGAUUAGCUCAAAGUAUAAGAAUUGUAAAGGUUUGUAAAGUAUAGUUUUGAAUUGCUGUAUAUGUAAAAGAAAUGCCUACUGAAAUAAGCUGUGUGGCCAUUGAGAAAAAGGUCCACUUGUUGCAUCGUUGUAUUUCAAUCCAUACAUGGAUUGAAAUAUAUUGUAUUAUAUAUAGAAUUGUCAUGGUAUUAUCUUUACUCUCUUUGUGAAAGGACAAGAUCAAUGAA